AUGAUAACUGGUUCUGCUCAUAAUAAGUUGCAAAGGGAGGCGUUGGAGUAUAUGAGAUUGAUGAUAAAUGAGGGACUAAAGCUGAAUUCUAUUAUUCUUACUACUAUUCUUCCGGCGGCUUUAAAGCCUGAUCUUGUAACUGUCGCCAUUGUUCUCUCUGUUUGUGGGAAACUGAAAGUGUUAAAGCAAGGAAAAGAGAUUCAUGCUUAUGCAGUGAAAAAUGGUUUUGUGCCUAAUGCAUCUGUAAGUACGCGCCUAAUGAUGAUGUACUCACAAUGUGGUUUGCUUCAACAUUCAUCUAGAGUUUUUGAUAUCAUGGAGAACAGGAAUGUUAUAGCAUGGACACUCAUGUCAUAUAUCGACGCUGGGUGUCUUGAAGAAGCGAUUGGUGUUUUCCGGUCAAUACAGCUGCCAAAGCACCGGACGGACGCUGUUGCAAUGGGAAGGAUUUUAGCAAAUUAA